CUCAGCAGGGCCAUACAACCAAAACUCUGUGAACUGUCUCAAGGGAAACCUUCCCUGCUGCUCACCGCCCUCCGUGCUGGAGCUCACAGGCCCUACCAGCUCUUGUUUGCAGACCUAUAAGUGCAAGUGCCUCUGACCACCAUGGGGGAAUCCAGCAUGGACCCGACCAUCUCUGCUGCUGACACCACUGCACAGCAGGACUCUCUCUUCAGCAUGACAGACGUGUUCCUCAUCUCCCUCAUCACUGGACUUUUUACCUACUGGUUCUUUUUCCGCAAGAAAAAAGAGGAAGUGCCUGACCUCCCCAAAAUGCAGUCAGUAGCAGCUCCAGUGAGAGACAGCAGCUUCAUUGAGAAGAUGAAGAAAACUGGCAGAAAUAUAGUGGUUUUCUAUGGUUCCCAGACGGGCACAGCAGAGGAGUUUGCCAAUCGCCUCUCCAAGGAUGCCCAUCGCUAUGGCCUCCGGGGCAUGGCAGCAGAUCCAGAGGAGUAUGACCUGUCAGACCUGAGUCGCCUCUCUGAGAUUGACAAGUCCUUGGCUGUGUUCUGCAUGGCCACCUAUGGAGAGGGAGAUCCCACAGAUAAUGCCCAGGAUUUCUACGACUGGCUGCAGGAGGCUGAUGCUGACCUGUCGGGUCUCCGCUUUGCAGUCUUUGGGCUGGGGAACAAGACUUAUGAGCACUUCAAUGCCAUGGGGAAGUAUGUGGACAAGAGACUGGAGGAGCUUGGAGCCCAGCGCAUCUUUGAGCUGGGGCUGGGAGAUGACGAUGGCAACCUGGAAGAAGAUUUCAUCACCUGGAGAGAGCAGUUCUGGCCAGCAGUGUGUGAGCACUUUGGGGUGGAGGCUACAGGAGAAGAGUCCAGCAUCCGGCAGUAUGAGCUGGUGGUGCACACAGAUGUGAACAUGAACAAAGUCUACACGGGAGAGAUGGGCCGGCUCAAGAGCUACGAGAACCAGAAGCCCCCAUUUGAUGCCAAGAACCCCUUCCUGGCCCAGGUUACAGAGAACCGCAAGCUGAACGAGGGUGGAGAGCGGCACUUGAUGCACCUAGAGCUGGAUAUCUCCAAUUCCAAAAUCAGGUACGAGUCCGGGGACCACGUGGCCGUGUACCCAGCCAAUGACUCUUCCCUGGUGAACCAGAUUGGUGAGAUCCUGGGCACGGACCUGGACACUAUCAUGUCCCUAAACAAUUUGGAUGAGGAAUCCAACAAGAAGCAUCCCUUCCCUUGCCCCACAUCAUACCGGACAGCCCUGACCUGCUACCUGGACAUCACCAACCCUCCCCGCACCAACGUCCUGUACGAGCUGGCCCAGUACGCCACGGACGCGGGCGAGCAGGAGCGCCUCCGCAAAAUGGCCUCGUCUGCUGCCGAGGGCAAGGCGCUGUACCUCAGCUGGGUGGUGGAGGCCCGCAGGAACAUCCUGGCCAUCCUGCAGGACAUGCCCUCCCUGCGCCCCCCCAUCGAUCACCUUUGUGAGCUCCUGCCCCGCCUGCAGGCUCGCUACUACUCCAUUGCCUCCUCCUCCAAGGUUCAUCCCAACUCCAUCCACAUCUGUGCCGUCACAGUGGAGUACGAGACCAAGACGGGCCGCCUGAACAAAGGGGUGGCCACCAACUGGCUGAAGAGCAAGGUGCCUGACCAGAACGGGAGCAGCUCCCUGGUGCCCAUGUACGUCCGGAAGUCGCAGUUCCGGCUGCCCUUCAAGCCCAGCACACCUGUGAUCAUGAUCGGGCCGGGCACUGGCAUCGCCCCCUUCAUCGGCUUCAUCCAGGAGCGGGCCUGGCUGAAGCAGCAAGGCAAAGAGGUGGGUGAGACAGUGCUUUACUAUGGCUGCCGCCACGAGCGCGAGGACUACCUGUACCGGGAGGAGCUGGCCCGCUUCCAGAAGGAGGGAGUCCUCACCCAGCUCAACGUGGCCUUCUCCAGGGACCAGGCUGAGAAGGUUUAUGUCCAGCACUUGCUGAAGAAGAACAAGGAGAACGUCUGGAAGCUGGUUAACGAGGGGAUGGCUCACAUCUACGUGUGCGGCGACGCCCGGAACAUGGCCAGGGAUGUGCAGAACACCUUCUACGAGAUCGUGUCUGAGUUUGGGAACAUGAGCCAGCCCCAGGCCGUGGACUAUGUAAAGAAACUGAUGACAAAGGGCCGCUACUCCCUGGAUGUGUGGAGCUAAGAGCAGGGCUGGCAGGGCCGGGGAGAGAACAGGUCCCCAGGUGUGGCCAGGGGAGCUGGCAAGUGCCUGCUCACCCACUGCUGCUGUGGGUGACAGUGUCAUCCUCAGCCCACAGCUACCCUAGUGUCACUCCCAACCCUUCCUGGGCCUCAGCAGCCCCUUGGGGCAGGCUGUGGCCCCAGGGUGUGGAAAGGGUUGAGAGGGGCAGGGGGGUAGCUCAGGCUGCUGUCCAGGAGCCGCACUGCCACCAGCAGCUCAGGGUCCACCCCAUGGCCCCAGCAUUUGCCUGGAGGCCAGGGACAUCAGAGCCACAGCCACUGUGGGCCAGGAGGGACCAGAGAGUCCUGCCCUGAACAUGAGGUGUUGCCUUAUCCCCGGGGCUGGAGCCCACCCUGGCCUGCAGGGACAGCAGAGGGGUGGAGGGGCUGUGCUGGAGCUUCACCUCCCUCCCGCCACCCCUGUUUGCCCAGCUCUGGGAUGUUGGGCUGGCAUCUGGUUCUGGGCACAGAGAUGUCCCAUGGCCCCACCAGCAUCUCCUGCUCUACUCCCACUGCCCACCCUCGCUCCAGCACCAGCGGGACGCUCCUCUCCUCUGGAAUACAGCCGGUUUGGGAGGCGGGGUCUCAGCCCAUAAGUGCCCUGCUCGCUCCCUGAGGCCCGGCAGCUCCCCUGAGCCCAGCCCCUCCCUCACACACCCUGAUCGGUCAUUUUUUAAAUACUGUUUUUAUUUUGAACAUCUCUGUGAUUUUAGCAUGGGAAAAAAAAAAACCAACAACCAACACAACCCCCCCCCCCCCCCCAGACUUUCAGGCUGUCCAAUGAUUGUAAAUUAUUUAAAUACAUUUGCCCUUGGAAUAAAAAUACUGUGUCUGGAGUUUGCUUCCUGCAUUCUCUCUGCUCAGCCAGAGAGAAGGAGGCAGGAGGAGCAGUGGAUGAUAACUGGGAGGAAAUUUGGACAUGUGGUGGCAGCUCUGGGUUUAGGCUGAGCUGGUAGCAACCUCUACCCUAAGUGCUGGACUGGGGGAGGGAGGAUGGAUGGCAGUGGGGGGCUCUGGACUGGGGUACAGCUGUGCCCAACCUGCUCUUUGGUGCUUCCAGAGCUCCCAGUGCUGGUACAGGGUGUCUCUGCCCCAUCUCCAGGGCCACUGAGGUUCUGCUGGGCUCCUUGGGUGCCCACAGUUCUGGCCACAGCCUGUGCAGACUGGGCUGCCAUGGGAAGGAGCCCCUGCUGCAGCCCAGGCUGGUGGACGGGCACAAGGAGAUGACUUUUUAUAACACCAUGGGUUUGGUUAGCCUGGAAAACCCCUCCAGCUCAUUGACUCCAACCCUUAACCCAGCACUGCCAAACCCACCACUCAACCAUGUCCCCAACUGCCACAUCUACAUGACUUUUAAAUCCCUGCAGGGAUGGUGACUCAACAAGUGCCCUGGGCAGCCUCUGUCAGGGCUAGACAACCAUUUUGUGUGAAGACAUUUUCCUUAAUAUCCAAAUAUCUAAACCUCCCCUCGUGAAACCAGAGGUUUUUACCUCUUGUCCUAUUGUGCCAAUUGUCCUGUUGCCCCCCACCUCCACCCUCCUUUCAGGGAGGUUGUGUCAGGACCCGCUUCCCCAUGAACCAAAGCCACAGAGUGUGGAAGCUGUUCCCAGACUGUCCCGGUGACCUGGGCAGCUUCUUCCCUUUAUUUUCACAUGUGCAGCCUCAGGAGAUGCCAGCCUAGGGUGCUGCUUGCACAUCUCCAGCACGAAGCCUGGACCAGGCUCCUGCUGCUCCCACCCCUCCUGUGCUCCAGCUGCCCCUUCCCUGUGGAUUGAAAGCAAGGGAGGAGCUAGGGCACCCCUGAAAUCCAGGGCUGUGCUUGGAGUGACGAGGCUGCCCCAGAACCUCUGCCCUCAACACACAGGGGCUGCCCUGGGUGCAGGGCUAGGGGGAGAAAAGGGGAGCCUGCAGCACCCCAGGAGCCGUGUGAGGCAGUCCCUGGACACUACCCUCUCCCAGUGAGGUGGGGAGCACCAGCAUCCAGAGAACAGUUGAAGGGCGGGAGUGGCUGUCCCAAGCAUCCUGCUUUUUGGAUGUGGAAGGCAGCCAGGACAGGGGGUGCAGGGUGCUCCCGACUCCAGGUGAGUGACUCCAGCACAGAUCCACCCCGUG